AUGGCUCGGGAAGUACGAAUGUUCGACCGAACAUUGCUGGAAGCAAUCGAGGAAGGUAUAGUCCCAAGGCCGGGGCUAUUGACCUAUCAAGAUUGGAACUCGUGGCGUGCCAGGGAUGGGCAGCGCCCGAGCAAGAGGAGACAUGGAGAUGACGAAAGAACCACGACGACUGCAGAAGAGGCGCAGUUGUGGAGGACCGUAAUGGAAGCGCUGUACGGCCCUGAAUGGAAGGACCAGUUGGCUGUGGCCGGGGGUGCCGUGGAAGAGACAGAAGAAGAGGAAGAGGAGGAAGAAGAAGAAGAAAGACUUCCCACUACCCUGGCCAGGGCACCAGAAGGCGGGGUUCGAGUGGCCCAAGGCGCCGAACCACCGGCCAUAGGUCCAGGCGGGUCGGCUGCGUCUUCCACGGUUGGUGGUGAGUCCGUGUUCCGUGAUAUGUCUCUUGUUCGGUUGCAGGACUUGCUGAUGUUUGUGUGGUGCCCUGGUGCCCUUAGUCUUUCCAUGUCAUCGCAUUGGAAGUUUAACAGCAUUGGCGCCAUGCACCUCAAGCUUACCUUCAGGCAUCGGCCUGGGCAGGCACUUGUCUUUAUGCUCCUUGACAAAGCCUUUGAGUUUCUCUAUGUGCUCUUCCAAAACAGUCGUGGGUUGCGGCGGGUGUCGGAGGCCUUAGGCUGGCUGGGAGAAGAAGUGGACGAAGCCUCAAUGGAGCGGCGGGUCAUCCGCGCCCUCUACUGGGAAAAGAUCUACGAGGCAGAUGAGGAAUGCCAAUUAGGCCUGCUGAAGGAUUUCUUCCAAGAGCUUGUUUUGGAUGAACCGCCAAAGGAGCAGGAGCAGGAGCAUGAAAGGCGAGUGUCAGUUCUGCUCGAGAUGAUCCAGGCACUCCGGAGAAGGGAGUGGACGCUUCUAUUUCACGGCACUCGCCGUACAAAUUGGGAGGGCAUCAAGCGAUACGGCUUGAUGAGUGAGAGAGCCCUGCUGGGGCGAAAGGGCAGAUUGCAUUUGCAUUUCUGCCGUGCCCGGGAACACGUCAAGCAAGGGAGCGAAGUGGUGAUCAAGGUUCACACUUCAGCUCUGUACCGAUGUGCGGCUGAGGAGAACGAAAAAGUUUAUGGGAAUGAAAAAGCAAUUUACGUGCUUUUCAGCAUUCCUGUCGACUGCCUUGCAGAGGUCACUGACUUGCGGACCGGGGAGGACCUUCUUAAGGGUCAAAAAGUAGUAUCCUCCCGGCCUGCAGCCUCUAGCAUAGCUACGUCCUCCCAGCCUGCGGCCUCUGGCGCGGCUGCAUCUUCGCAGCCUGCGGCCCUUGGCGCGGCUUCUCCCUCCCAGCCUGCGGCUACAAGCGCGGCUUCCAAGGCUCAGCUUGCUGCUGAGGAGGCAGCGUUGCCAGAGGAGUCUCGUCCUAGGCCAAAGGCUAAGGCGGGCCCAGUUGCAGAAGCAGCUACUGGGGUGAAGGACUCGGCAGCGACGUCCUCGGUUCAGCCUACUCCUGAGCAAAACUUGAAGGACCGAGAAGCUCACACAGCUAAAGGAGCCAAGGAAGUGAAGUCAGAAGUCAAGGAAGGCCAGACGGUGAUGCGAAGUGAGCAGCAGGAGUCCAAAAAGGACCGAGUUGGAAAACUUGAGCCUAAGAAGAAAAGGGCCAAGGUGAAGGCGGAGGUCAGCGCCGAAGAGGCACUUGGGGAAAAGGAAGCCAAAUGGGCCAAGGCAAGAGAAGUGCCAGGUACUGAUGACGAAUCAGGAAGUUACUCCUACGAGGAGGAUGAAGGUGAGUGCUCUGUCGACUGGGGAGGCGACGACGCCGAUCGGCGUUCAAGGACUCCUGAAGGGCGCCGACCUGGAGUGAUUCUCAAGUCCAAGGGCUAUCUUGAAUUGGAGGCUCGAAUGGCUGAUCCAGCGGGUGAGGGUAGCGCCGCGGACACUCAACCAGGUACAGCGGGUGCGUCCGGCACCACGGACACUCAAGACGCUCAAGUCCCUGCGGGUGCAUCUGGCACUGCGGACAGCCAAGCAAAUCCAGCGAGUUCAGCUGGACGCUUGGAUACUGCGAGCAGGCGAAAGGCCAUAGAAGAGGACAUAAAAGAGCAUGGAGCGGUCGUAUGCCCUCGUUGCGACGCCCGAAAUGCUACUUGGAGACUGAAAUGUUAUCGGUGCGGCUUGGAGCGCCCGAAUCCGAAAGACAUAGUCCGAGAGCAUGGAGACCGCCGCAGUACCCGUGGAAAGAAGCGGGGAGGCAAGAAGAACCGUGGGGCCGGCCAGGGAGGAAGCCAGGCAGAAAGCGAGACCUGGACUCAGACUCAAAACUGGUGGCAGUCACAGGACUGGUCGGAGUCCCAUGGUUCCCGAAGUUCUGACUGGCAAGGGAGCUCUUGGAGUUCUCGAUCCAAUUGGACAUGGGGCAAGUACGAUCCGAAGGGGAGUGAUCAAAAUCACCCUUUUGCGCAUCCAGAAGUGAUGGUGAUGCGGGCUGCGGCCGCCACCAUAGCUCUUGCCGGGUUGAGAGGAGUCUUACGACUCACAGAGCAAGCCGUGGAAUCUGUACUGGCUCUGAUCCAGGUCAUAGAAGUCAAUACGGCUGAGGUAGUAGAACAAGCACAAAUGACUCUCACGGACCUGGUGCAAAGGAGCGUGGUGAUCGGGUUCAUCCUUCUUUGGGGGUGGAUCGGAUUCAGGUGGUGGAUGUGGAAGCAGUCCAAAGACCGGAGGAUCCUGGAUGAUCUGGAGUUCAAGACUCCGCACACUUCUCCUGAAAAAGGGGAUGUGAGCAGCAAAGCCAGCAGGGAGCAUCGCUCGCCCCUAAAACGGCCGAGUACUGCCAUCCUCCGGGCGAAAGCCCUCGGCAGUGUGGCCAACCAAGGGGGACAGCGGGCGAUAAUGCCGCUUCCUGGGAAAGGUCCUGGAACCCGAGUGCGGACCAGCAGGUCGCCUCAAGUUGAAAAGGUCCAGAAGGGGAAGGCAUCUAACAAGGUGCCCCGCAAAGCCGCGAAGUCCCCCACUCCUUUUCUGAAUGGUGGAGUGAAGAGCUUAGAAAUGUUCGCUACAGCACGUGAAUAUCAGGAAGCGGCCAUUUUGGCGCUCCGCAGCUGUUCUGAAACAAGACCCGUGGCAAUCGAUCUGAUCGCUUAUGCGAUCGACAGAGCUGACUUGCUGGGUGCUCUUCUUGCAGUGGCAGAAGUGCAUCAAGUGCCUGUCAAGGUCAUAGCUGAUCAAGCGCAGACCAACAGAAUGGCAGAGCAGAAAAGAGUCCUCGAACAAGCAGCUGAGGGAGGUCUUGAUGUUCAGCUGCGAACAGGAAACGAGCUCAGAAGCCACUACCUUGAGGCUGGGAGACAAAGAAAUGGGUUCAGAGGGAUCCAGCAUGCCAAAGUUUUGGCCAUAGAAUGGCAAGACAGCUGGGAAAUCUUCGCCGGGAGCAGUAACUGGACAACUGCUUCUAGAGGCAACCACGAGCUAGGUUGGCGGGUGGAGCUCCACAAAGCUGGCGGGUUAUCGAACCAACUCAGAAACUGGCUGGAUUCAGUAUGUGAGGGGUCGGUUCCGAUGACUCAGGUUCGUGCAGAGAAGAACCAGAAAGCUGGAGGAAAAUCCACAGACAAAACAGCUAGACUCUCGCGGUCAGAGACGCAGAGCUAA